AUGGCUGUUGAUCCGGUUCGCGAGCAGCAGCCGCCGCAAGAAGUGCAACAACAGCAGCAGCCGCAGCCGCAGCAGGAGCAGGAGCAGGAGAAAGAGAUGGAAGGUGGGGGCAAGAGGGCAGGAGUGGAAGGGGAAGAGCUGGGCCGUGAGCAGCAGGGAGCAGUGGAGGCGAGUGGUGGUGGUGGUGGGGAUGAGUUAGGCAGCCGCGGGGAGGGGAAAGCGGGUGAGGGCACUGUUAGGCUGUCUGAUGGGGGGGAGGAAGGGGAGGGGGACGCGGGGAGUGCGGGUGAAGGGGAGGGCGGAGAGGGUGGAGAGGGCGGGGAAGGCAGAGAGGGCGGAGAUGGCAGAGAGGGCGGAGAUGGCAGAGAGGGCGGAGAGGUGGAUGAUAUUGUGGAAGAGGAGAGGGAACUGAACCGACUGCUGGAAAGAGAGGGCGGAGGGCAGAGGAAGGACGAAGAGCAAGAGGAAGGGGUUGAAGAAGCGGUGGACGGGAAGGGGGAGGAGGCGUUGGGGGGCGGAGAUGCAGCAGGGGGGGAAGAUGGAGGGGCGGAGGAGGCGGAGGAGAUUCUGAUGGCGCAGCUGGCAGGUGGGGAAGGGGAGGGGGUGGAAGGAAGGGCGGAGGAGGGUGUUGUGAGGGGGAGAGGCAAGCGGGUCGUGGAGGGGGAAGAGAACGAGGUGGGUUCUGGUACUGGUGGUGCUACUGGUGAUGAUGAUUUUGAUGACAGUGCCUCUGCUGCUGCUGGCGACGGGAGGAAGGGCAGAGUCGACUCGCCAGAGGGGGAGCAGGACGCGGAUGAGGAUGAUAUGACAGGUGUGGAAAAGGGAGAGGAAAGAAAGAAGGCCAGCAGGAAGAGUGAGAAGGGUGGGAAGAGCGGGAAGGGUGGGAAGGGUGGGAAGGGUGGGAAGAGCAGUAUGAGGUAUGCCAGUAUUGACGAGACUGCAGGUGACGCAGAUGGGGACGGUGCGGCAGAGGGGGGUGUUGAGGGUGCAGGUGACGUGGACGGUGGGGAGCAUGCAGAAGCGGGUGCAACUAGUGGGGACACGGAGGGUCUGGAAGGAAGUGCGGAUGGGGAGGAAGAGAGGGCGGAGGAGGGUGGUGCUCAGAGAGGGGUAGCAGUGGGAACAGGACGAGGGAAGGGGAAAGGACGAAGAGAAGGCGGGGACACGGGUGGCGACGAGGGUGAAAAGGAAGGGGGAGAAGAGGAGGUAGAGGGAGAAGGGGAGGAUGGGGGCAAGACUGAGAAGAAGGCGGUUAGGAAGUCGACGAGAGGCAGGGAGGAGACGAGCAGGAGUGGCGAGGGGGGUGUGGGGGAGGAUGAUGAGGGUGCAGGAGAGGAGAGCGAGGAGGGUGAGGAGAGGCUUGGAAAGGAGAUGGCUGCAAAGAAGGGGAUGAGUGGGGAGCGGAAUUCGAAGCGGACUAAGGGGACGAAGGCUGGGAGAAAGGUUGAGACUGAAGGAACUGAGGAGGGUGAGGCGGAGACGACAGGGACUGGAGAGGAAGAGGAUGGGGAGAGAGGGGAUGAAGCUGCUGAAGAAGAGGGGGUGAAGGCAGCGGAAAGGAAGGUGCAGAAGGUGAAGAAAGGGGCGAAAAAGAGUGUGAUUGGAGAUGGGGGAACGAAGGAGAGGGUUACAGUGGGAGAAGGGACGAAAGGAAGGACAAAGACGAAGCAGGUGGGUAAGGGCGUGGGUGGGAGGGGUGAAGACGAAGAGAGUGAGGAUGGAGCGCAGGAGGGUAAGGAGGGCGAGGGAGAAAGGAGUGGAGAGGGGGAGGGAAGUGCAGAGGAAGCAGAGGAGGAGAGGGUAGUGAUUGAGCCGGGAGUGAUAAUGAGUCAUAUUCCUGUGAGUAAGAAACCUGUUGUGGUGGCAGAUGCUGAAGAGACUGUGGGUGCUGACCCUGUGGAUGAGGAGGAGGAGGAAGAGGCGCAGGCGGAGGAGGGGGAGGGGGAGGAGGGAGGAGAGGGAGGUGAUGGAGGGGAGGGAGGAGAGGGAGGAGAGGAAGUCAAUGUGAGGAGCAAAGGAAGGAAGGACAAGGGAAAGAAGGCAAAACGAGAAGCUGUGGAGGGGGGAGAGGGAAAGUCGGAAGGGGAGGAAGGAGAGGUGGGGGAUAUCAAGGUAAAGGCUCGCACGCAGAAGGGCAAGGGGAAGGCGAAGGAGGGGAUGAAGGAGGCUGAAGAUGGUGGCGAGGCUGAGAGUGAAGGUGCUGCGAAUGCUGAUGCUGAUGCCGAUGCUGAUGCGGAGGGUAAGGGUAAAGAGAGUCGUGUGAAGAAGAAGAGUGAUGAUGGUAAGGAGAGGCAGGGAGGUAGCGGCUCUCUGCACACUGGAGUGAAGGAGAGCACAGCGACGGGAGGCACAGGGGAGGCGGACAGGGGCGAGGGUAGCGGGAAAGUGCGGAAGGGUGUAGCGGUUGAAAGGGGGAAAGGGUUGGCGAACGGGAAGGAGGAGGGGGAGGAGGUGGUGGAGGAGGAGGAGCAAGGGGAGGAGGCAGGGGAGGAAGGGGGGGAAGGAGAGGAGGAGGAAGUGGCACGUGAGGAGAGGAAGAAGGCAAAGAAGAAGGUGCAUGGCCCGGGCAAAGGACACGGCAAGGAGGGCGCAGCAGCAGAAAGAGAAUCGGGUAGUGUGAAAGAGAAUGAGAAGGAGGAGGAGGAUGAGGAGGAGAAGAAGAGGGAGAAGAAGAAGGAGAAGGGAGAUGCUUCAGAGGAUACUAAGAAACCAUUGGCCAUUGUGGGGGAGAAAGAGAAGGAAGAGGAGAGAGAGGAGGUGGUUGAAGGGGCGGGUGGAGGAGGAGGGGGGAAAGGCAUUGCAGGGACUUAUGGGAAUGGACCACCAGAGAGUGAUGCAGGGAAGGUGGUGAAGGGGAAGGCAGAGGGAAAAGCAAAGGGCAAAACGGAAGAGGAAGUGGAAGAGGAAGCGGAGGGGGACGAGGAGGGAGAAGCAGAGGGUAAAGGAGUGAAGGAAAGGGGUGAAGGGAAGGCAAAGAAAGAAGCAGGUGAUGAGGAUGGUGCAAAGGACGAGGAGGGGGAGGAAGUGGAGGAGAGUGGAGGGGGUGCAAGAAGGCCGGUGACAGAUGCAGUGAAGGGGGAGAAGGUGAGGAAAGCUGGCAGGGGAGGUGAUGGCGAGGGAGAGGCGGAGCAAGGUGAGCCGGGCGAGGAGGAGGUGGAGAGCGAUGGGAAGAGCGGUGAGGGGAAAGAUGAUGCGGGUGAUGGUCUGAGUGCGGGGGAAGAUGGAGAAGGGCUGAAGCAGACCAAAGGCAAGAGUAAGAUUAAGAGCAAGAGUAAGGGCAAGAACGAAAUUCUGGGAGUAGUAGUGAAGGGGAAGGCAGGUAGUGCAGCAGGUAAGCUGGAGGAGGGGGAGGAGGGGGAGCGGAAGGAGGAGGAAAUGCGAGGGGAGGGAAGGGAUGGUGCUGAUGAUGGUGGUGAUGGUGGGAAGGGGAUUCGUUCCGUAGCUAGAGAUGAAGAAGGGGUGGAGAGGACGGAUGGUGGGCAGGCUGCAGUGGAAGGUGGGGCGGAUGCGGAUGAGGAGGGGAAGAGGCAGAGCAAGGUGGAAAAUGAGGAGGAGGCUACAGAGGAGGAGAGGGAGGGGGGCAAAGAGAAGGAGAAGGUGAAAGAACGGGCAACAGAGAAGAAGCGCCAGCGACGGAAGGAGGGGAAAAGUGUGGACGAGAAGAGCAGGGAAGGGGAGGGGGAGGAGGAGGGGGAGGAGGAGGAUGUGGUGGAGGAGGAGGUGAAGGGGGAGAAGGGGAGGAAGAGCAAGGCGAAGAGUCUGUCGGCUUUGGCGGGUGAGGCCACCACAGAAAAUAAUACUACUGGCAGUGGGAGUGAUGAUGCGAAACGAUCAGCAGGAUUGGGAGAUGAUAAACCGGCAGCUGACAGUGACACCACUGGUGUUGCGACACCUCGUAGUGGCGAUACCCCUCACAACACCAGGAGCAAGAGUGGGGCUGCUAGCAAUGGCACAACGGGCAGCAGGAGCGAGCCUGAGGUGGUGGAGAGGGAGUCGGAGGAUGUUUCUGCAGAGGCAGAAGGCAACAGGACAGCCACGGCAGGAGCUGCAGCAGAGGCCGUGGGGAGUGCGGCGGCAACGCUGGCAGCGGAAGGGAGGGCGGUGCAGGAGGGAGAGGACCUUAUGGCUGUGCCUGAUCAGGUGGGGCAUGCGGGUGAUGGUGGUGGUGCCCCAGAUGCGCAUGGAGAGGCACGUACAGGUGGGAAGGGUGGGGUGGCUGGCAGUGGUGAUGGCAGUGAAGCUGCGAGCAAGGAUGGGAAGGCAGUGGUUUCGCUUGCUCUGGCAGGUGUUGGUGUGGAGGCAGCAGGAGGGGCGGAAGGGGCGGAAGGAGCAGAAGCAGAAAGGGCACAAGGGGGGGCCACAGAAGCUGGUGGCAGUGCAGUUGCUAGUGGGCGCUCGGACAAGGUCAUGAAGAAGAGUGAGGAGAAGAAGGCUUUGAAAUCCAAGAGGAAGAAGAGGAAGGCCAAGGGGACAAGCAGGAAGGCUCUGAGUGCCCGCGAGCAGGGUGCGCCUGUCGAGUGA